AUGGAUUUACCUCUGUCAACAAUUCUAAGUACGAGUCGCCGUGAAUCUACCACUAAUCAAAGGAAUCGAUCCGCAUCACCCACCCAAAGAGCGACUAGUGAAAGGAAUGAGAAUAACAGCGAAACAGCCACCACCAAUAAUAACCAAGAUAAUAGAAGGAAUGAGAAUACCACUGAAACGGCCACCACCAAUAAUAAUCAAGAUAAUAGAAGGAAUGAGAAUACCAGUGAAACGGCCACCACCAAUAAUAAUCAAGAUAAUAGAAGGAAUGAGAAUACCAGUGAAACAGUCACCACCAGUAAUAAUCAAGAUAAUGGAAACAAUGUAAAUAAUGUUAAUGAUGUGAGUGGGAAUUCAGGUCGUAACACGAAUGAUGUAGAUGAAAAUUUAGAUAAUGCUACAUACUUAUCUUCAUCUGACGUGAAUUGA